AUGGCGAGGACUGAUCUGAAGAAGUUCCGCGCCUGCCCUUGCCUAACGGGCUACUUCCGCCUCAAUCGGUUUGGAGUGUGUAAGCCCUGUUCAUACGGGUACUACUGCUCCAACGAAUCCGUGAACCUGAUGCCUGGCUUUUACUGGACUUGGCAACAGCCAAACCAUACCCAGGAAUACCAGACAUUUGCCAGCAAGCUCCAAGAGGAGAGCAAACAGCACGACAGGGACUGGGACUCGUUCAAUGGCUCACUUCCGAUGGCUUACCGCUGUCCGUUCACGGGCUCGUGUAAGGGCGAUUUCAACGCAACGUGUUCCCGUGGUUACGAGGGUGUGCUGUGUGCCGAAUGCAGUCGAGGCUAUUACCGGAUGUUCUCCAGCUGCAACAAGUGUCCAACGACACCGCUGGUCAUCACUCAGUUCGUUGGCGUCUUCCUCGUUCUCGCUCUCGUCGCCGUUGUGGUCAUACUCAACAGGAAGAAAUCACGUGACGAUAAGCGCUCGCAGACCGAUCAACUGUUCGGUAGCCUGAAGAUCGUCAUUGGGUUCUAUCAGAUUCUGAGUGAAACUCUGAACGCGUACUCGUAUAUUCAGUGGCCCAAAGAGCUCUUGACGAUCAUGAUGUACGCCGAUGUACUGCAGUUGAACAUCUUCACCAUCGCGCCCAUCGAGUGCAUCAGUGAUAAGCUGAAGGUGGAUCCCUACUCGAGUCUGCUGGGGUACGUCCUGAUGGACUGCGCCGUUAUCUUCACAGCCUUCUUCUACUACAACAUCAGGAAGAUGGUACUUACAAGAAGAUGCCAUCACGACGCCAAGGACACCCUCUUCGAUUGCAAAGCCAACUGCUAUCAAGCUGUGUUCCUUUUUCUGUUCAUCACUUACCCUGCUGCCUGCACCAAGAUCUUCCAAACACUUCCGGCCGGAUUCGUACUUUCGGUCGGAUUACGCAGUGGAGUGUUUCAGUCAGCAGUACAACAAGUUGUGUACUUUGUGUACGCGUCUUUGAUUAUUCCUCUACUGUUCCCUAUGAUUUGCGCCUUCUUGUUGUGGCAACACUGCAGCGAGAAACACUACAUCAGUACGUUCGCGGGUCUGAAGAAGAGAAUUAACAAAAUAAGAGGGAAGUCUAGAAGCAUUGCUAUUACAAGCCUAAAGGAGACACCAGGAGAAGACAGGGCCACUGAUAUUACAAGCCUGAAGGAAACACCGGGAGAAGACAGGGCAAUUGCUAUUAUAAGUCUGAGGAAGAAACCGGGAAAAGACAGGGCCAUUGAUAUUACAAGCCUGAAGGAGACACAGAGUGAAGAAAGGAACAUUGCUAUUACAAGCAUGAAGGAGACGCCAGGAGAAGAAAGGGCAAUUGCUAUUACAAGCCUGAAGAAGAAACCGGGAAAAGACAAGACCAUUGAUAUUACAAGCCUGAAGGAGACACAGAGUGGAGACAAGAACAUUGCUAUUACAAGCAUGAAGGAGACGCCAGGAGAAGACAGGAGCUUUGCUAUGACAAGCCUGAAGGAGAAGACGGGAGAAGACAGGGCCAUUGAUAUUAAUAGCAUCAAGGAGAAACCGGGAGAAGAUGCCAUCAAAAAAGGGCUUCGCUUCAUGUACGAGAACUACACCAAGGACUGCUGGUACUGGGAGAUCAUCGAGCUACUGCGGAAAGUCACCUUGACAUCCCUACUUGCCUACUACGGUCAAGACAACCCCUUUUUCCUCGGCACCUCUGCCGUACUGUCCGGUCUCUACGCCGUGUUCUUCGCCAAUCAGAAGCCCAUUCGGUACGUGUUUGAGUACUGGCUGCACCUCGGAUCGCUAUUGGCGGUGAUGGCCACCCAGCUGAUGGGUAUGGUCUUGAGGAUUCCUGGAGAAGACGCGUCCGUGGACCAGGAAGCGGACCAGAUUGGUGUCACCAUUCUGCUGAUAUUUGCCAAUCUGUUCGUCAUCGUUAUGAUCGCUGGUCGUUACCUUUACUGCAUCUGGGUGAGCCUGAAGGUCGUUCGAGCUAACCCGCAGUGCAGCAUGGGAUGCCUCAUGAACGUGAUGCAAAUCAUAACACAAGGCGAGGAAGAAACGUGCAAGCGACGACGGGACAUCUCGGAAAGUCAAGCCGAGGCUUCAGGGCAAGAAGCUGUCCAAGAAAUACACUAACAGGCUCCAACUCGAAUAAAAGAAAAAGGAAAUCAUGAUUAUUUUCACGUUUAGAAUUAGACUAUCAUUGAACAUUGGAUCUUGAGUCUUUUUACAGUGAUAACCCUGAAUGUGUUAUAAUAGUUACACGGUAAAAUUGCAUUAUUAAAAUUUCUAGAGCAUUCUUAAAUAGGCGCUAAAUCUGCAGACGCUAACAGAGGAACUGAAAGCAUUUAUGUCUUUAUUUGUGAAAUAUGAUUUAGUGGGCCAAUAUGUUUUUUAAAAGAUGGAUUGACUAA